AUGUCUAAGAUCUUCUACGACCUGGAAACGUUAAAAAAUUGUUUCAUGGAGCCCUUGAAGAAAGUUCAAGUUGAAGGUCAUCUAAUGUUUGCCGAACCUCAAGAUCUAUUUGGAAACCUAGAUGAACUCUGCUAUGUGAGUUACACGUUCUGCAGAGAUUUCAUAAAAAUCCUCGUGAAAGAAUGCUCCUUUGAGCAGUUCGGCACAACUAAACAGCUUGUUCAAGGAAUAAAAAGAUUCUGCGAGCUGACCAGGGAUGCAGAGGUCUACCACGACUACUGCCUCAACUACCCCAAAGCUAUCUGCUACCUCGAACAACUGAGGAAAAAUGAGGACUUUUGUGAUUUUGAGAAGUGGUGCGAACAAGACCAGCGAUGCAAACGCUUGCAGCUGACAGACCUGUUGAUUGCACCUUUGCAACACUGCACAAAGGUUCCCCUACUUCUCGCCAACAUCAGACACUACACCCUGCAGCACAGAGAACAACUUCUUCUUCAAGAGGCCCUUGAACAACUUGAAAGUUCUCUUAAAAACCUGGAAGUGAAGAUGGCGUCGCUGAAAAAUUUUGAACGCAUUCAAGAGAUUCAGCAGCAAAUAAUUUGGUUGCCUGUCACCGAGUUGGAACCUCGGGCUUUCAUCCCGGAAGAAAAAGUAUGUGACGUGCAAUUAAUGGCUCACAUGUUCCACAUUGUACGGUGCAGUUUUACGGAGGUUGUGCAAGUUAAAUGUCCCCGUUUCUUCAUAGGCAUUCCUAGUCACGUAGACAAACAAACGCGAUAA